AUGGAGUUGGAAGUUCUAGACCUUGGAAACAACAGAAUAGUUGACAUGUUCCCCUAUUGGUUGGAAUACCUUCCAAAGUUGCAUGUCCUUAUCUUGCAGUCCAACAAAUUUCAUUGCCCCAUAGGGUCCAUAGGGAGCAAUUUGAAGACUCAAUUUUCCUUAUCCGAGUUGUGCGUCGUUGACUUGUCUUCAAAUAAUUUUACUGGUCAUUUGCCAUUAAAGCAUUUUGAAGGUUGGAAAGGCAUGAUGAAUGUGGAUGAAUCUAAAUACAAAUUGCAAUAUAUAAGUACAACUGCUUAUUAUCAAGAUUCCAUGGUGCUAACAAUGAAAGGUUCUGAUUUUCACAUGGAGAAAAUUCUCACAAUCUUCACAAUGAUUGAUAUGUCAAAUAAUAGUUUCAAUGGGAAGAUUCCAAAGUCAAUUGGAAAGCUUAAAUCACUUCGAGGACUCAACUUUUCACACAAUAGCCUUACGGGUGAUAUUCCAACGUCACUAGGAAAUUUGACAACACUUGAAUGGUUGGAUUUAUCUUCAAACAACCUUGGCAGUGAGAUUCCUAAGCAAUUGGCAAGUUUGUCAACUUUAGGAGUCUUAAACCUCUCCCAAAACCAACUGUUUGGGCCCAUACCUCGAAGCACCCAAUUUGAUACAUUUUCAAACUCUUCAUAUUCUGGAAAGUUGGGAUUGUGCGGGUUUCCACUAUCGAAAACUUGCAGAAAUGAUAAUGCGGCAACACCAACAUCUUUUAUGUUCCAACAAGAUGAUGACUCACACUCUGUAAGUGGAUCCUUUUGGGAAGCGGCAUUGAUUGGAUAUGGUUUUGGAAUUGUGUUUGGAUUAGUUGCCGGGUUUUUUAUAUUUUUAAUUGGAAAACCUAAUUGGUUCGUUCACAUCAUUGAGGGGGUUGAAAAGAAGAAGGUGAAAAGAUUGAGGAGAAGUGGUUGCAAGUAA